UUGCUCUAUUAUCGUCUACUUCAAAACCCUAAAAUCUCCGCGAACAAAAAAAUUCUUAAAUAAUAAAAAAAAAAAGGAAAAAGAAAGACCCAAAUUCUGAAAACAAGAACAGAAAUCAAAGAUGGGAACCCACACGCCGAACCUGGAAUGCCGGAUGUACGAAGCGAAGUAUCCAGAGGUGGAUAUGGCAGUGAUGAUACAAGUGAAGAACAUAGCGGAUAUGGGCGCGUACGUGUCACUGCUUGAGUACAAUAACAUAGAGGGCAUGAUCUUGUUUUCUGAGCUUUCACGGCGUCGUAUUCGUAGUGUGAGUAGCUUGAUUAAGGUGGGCCGUAUCGAGCCUGUUAUGGUGCUUCGUGUUGAUAAGGAAAAAGGUUAUAUUGAUUUGAGCAAAAGGAGAGUUAGUGAAGAAGAUAUUCAAGCUUGUGAGGAGAGGUAUAAUAAGAGUAAGCUUGUCCACUCUAUUAUGCGACAUGUCGCAGAGACUAUGGGUAUCGACUUAGAGGAAUUGUAUAUCCAUAUAGCCUGGCCUUUGUACCGGAAGUAUGGCCAUGCUUUUGAGGCGUUUAAAAUCAUUGUGACUGAUCCUGACUCGGUUUUGAAUAUCCUCACCCGUGAAGUCAAAGAACUUGGUCUUGAAGGUCAAGAAGUAACCAAGGUGGUACCUGCUGUGACAGAGGAAAUCAAAGAAGCUUUAGUAAAGAAUAUUAGAAGAAGAAUGACUCCUCAACCAUUGAAGAUACGGGCUGAUAUUGAAAUGAAAUGUUUCCAGUUUGAUGGGGUUCUUCACAUUAAGGAUGCAAUGAGGAAAGCUGAGGCUGCAGGCAACAAGGACUGUCCUGUGAAAAUUAAACUGGUUGCCCCUCCACUUUAUGUUCUUACCACGCAAACACUAGACAAGGACCAAGGUAUAUCAGUUCUCAGUAAGGCGAUAGUUGCUUGCACUGAAGCAAUAGAGCAGCACAAGGGAAAACUUCUUGUGAAGGAACCACCAAGAGCAGUGAGCGAACGAGAUGAUAAAUUGCUUGCUGAACACAUGGCUAAGCUACGAAAUGACAAUGAGGAGGUCAGUGGCGAUGAAGACAGCGAAGAAGAAGAAGAUACAGGGAUGGGAGAUGCUGAUGUGGAAAACUCUGGACCUGGCAUAAUGGAAUAGUAAGGAGAGAUUCUUACUCCUUGUUUUUAUUUAAGUGCAAUUUUUUUCUACAUGGCGGUUGUAAAAAAAAAAAAAAAACCAAUUGGGCAUAUUUGUAUUGUUGAGCUUUUUUGCCAAAAUACCAAAUCAGUGAGAAUAUUUUAGUGGAGGAUGCAGAGAACCUUGAUAUUUCAACAUUAAGGAGAUUGCUAUUCAGCAAAAAUUGCUCUCUUUUUGUUGGCAUAUGUGCUGCUUGGUGGUAAUGGAUCUGUUAGCCUGUCAAUUUAUUUCUUUA